AUGUUUAUCUCAAUCAAGCAUUUGGCUACUGCCUCUACCAUUCUAUCUAUUGCUCAAGGAGCAGUCAUUGAAAAACGUGCUCUUUCGGGUCAAGCUACCUCUUAUGGUGGUAAUACUGCAGGAGGAGCUUGUUCAUUUUCUACCUACACUCUCCCAUCUAAUAUCUUCGGCACUGCGCUCUCCGACUCCAACUGGGCUGUUGCUGCACAAUGUGGUCGUUGUGUAUCUGUUACCGGUCCUGCCGGUAACUCGAUUACUGCUAUGAUAACCGACGAAUGUCCCGGCUGCGGAACCAACCACCUAGAUCUCUACCCAGACGCCUUCACCACCCUCGGCUCCCUCUCCACCGGCAUCCUCGACAUCACCUGGGAUUACAUCAAAUGUCCCAUAACCACACCCCUCCAACUCCAUAAUAAAGAAGGAGUCUCGGCCUACUGGUUUAGCAUGCAGGUCGUUAAUGCCGUCGAGGGAAUCUCAAAACUCGAGGUUUCGACUAAUGGGGGUACGACGUGGCAGGGGACGACGCGUACGGAUUAUAACUUUUUUGAAAAGGCGCAGGGCUUUGGGUCGUUGGUGGAUGUGAGGGUUACGGGGGUGAGUGGGAGUACGGUGGUGGUUAAGGGGGUGGCGGUUACGCCGGGGAGUGUGGUGACUGCGGGGAAGAAUUUGUGA